AUGGGAAAUGUGAAUGUGAAGUUGACCGUGGCCGGGGAUGUGUUGCGUAACGUCCUAACCGGCCACUACGAGAAAGGUGUGGCCACCUCCCCAGAGAGGACAGCCCAACGCAGGAAGAAUUGCCUUGAUGCCAUCCAUCAAGUCCUUCAUACUGUCGUGGGUCCCGGAGAUCUCUUGAGUUCAGACCUGCGACACGACGUGGCGGCGGAAGCCUAUGCUGCCUGGGGCUCUUGCCAGGGCUGCUUCAAGGCCAAGGCCGCCAUGGAGCCGCCACCAGGAGCCAACUUUGCCGAGUACAACCGAGAGAUAGACCAUGACUUUACCACCCAAAGCCCCUUCAGGGACUUGGUGCAUGGUUUGGUGAAUCGUCAAAACAAGCUCAGUGAGGAGUUCUUUCAGGCCAUGCUGCAACGGCUCAAGGACGUCACAGAUGAGGUGCAGGAGGAGGAUGUUCAGGCGAUGGCUGUAGAGCUCACCACCGUGGUGGCACUUUGUGUGGGCGUGAGAGCCUUUUGCAGUGCCUACGGCGUGAAAGCCCCGGCACUUCCUCAAAAGAUGGAGCCCUGCAAGCCCGGCCGAUUUCAGCACGUCUCGGAUUACUCCAACGGCCAGUUGCAGAUAGAGAAGUCCAUGGGUUGGGGACCCUAUCUCCCCAGCCAGCAACUUCGCCCGGAGGCCCUAGAACGCUUUGGCUUGGAGAGAUCGGAGUUGAGCUUCGGAGACAAUCCCCGCAUUCCCACCUCCAAGGCCUCCGCAGCGCCUUUGACCUACUGGGAGUUCUUGAAAUUCCGAGAUGUGAUGUAUGUGCCCACCGCGGACGUCACACGCUUCAUGAAAGUGCCCGGCUUGGACCGCACCUUGAACCGUGGUCAAUUGGAGGUGGCCGCGGCGGAGUACACCACCGCGAAGGCUUGCAACUUCUGA